UCGCGGCGAGUGAAGUCGUGCAGCUGUCUCCUGGUCAAGAGAUUCUCCCCGUGCGGGAUUGCUUGACUAAAGACUGGGUUCUGACUAUCUUGUUGUUUCAGAGGGUUACCAUCAUCUCUGGAUUUUCAUGUGUAUCUAGUUACGGGUGGACUUAAUCGUUCUCCCCUGGUACAACCUUGUUAACAACCAGAGAAGAAACUUAACACUCGGUGACCAUCCCUGUGUACAACUUUUAAAAGUGAUUAAGUUACUUCAGAAUGUGACCUGUGAAAAGUAAACCUAGAGUGUUGUGACAGACUGAAAUAAGAAUCUAUUGUUGUGAUUAAACAAGACAGUUCAUACCUUCCUGUGGUAAUAAAACAAAGCAAGAUGAUUGAGAAACGCAACUGGAGAUUGGCGAGAAGACUAAGCAGAAUUUCGAAUGAUGCUGGGGAAGCUUCCUCCUCGGAGGGAUGCGGGCGGCUGGGUGGCUUGGAGGAUGAGCCUGACAUGCCACCUGUCAAGCAGGUGGUGGUGGGGAUCUGUGCCAUGGAGAAGAAAUCUGGCUCUAAGCCCAUGAAAGAAAUCCUAACCCGUUUAGAGGAGUUUGAAUUCAUCUGCACUGUGAUAUUCCCGGAGGAAGUGAUUCUAAAGGAACCAGUUGAGCAAUGGCCACUUUGCGACUGCUUAAUAAGUUUCCACUCAAAGGGAUUUCCCCUUGAAAAAGCUCAAGCAUAUACAGAUCUCAGAAAGCCUUACAUCAUCAAUGACCUUGAUAUGCAGUAUGAUCUUCAGGAUAGAAGAGUAGUGUACAGCACUUUACAGACAGAAGGAAUUGAAUUGCCUCGAUUUGCAAUCCUCGAUAGAGACUCAAAAGAUCCGUCCAAACGUGAACUGAUAGAAGGUGAAGAUCAUGUGGAAGUUAAUGGAGUAAUAUUUAACAAACCUUUUGUGGAGAAGCCUGUGUCUGCAGAAGACCACAAUAUAUACAUCUAUUACCCCACGUCUGCUGGAGGGGGCUCUCAGAGAUUGUUUAGGAAGAUUGGGUCCAGAAGUAGUGUUUAUUCCCCUGAAAGCAGAGUAAGAAAAACUGGUUCCUAUAUAUAUGAAGAUUUCAUGCCAACAGAUGGUACAGAUGUUAAAGUGUAUACAGUCGGUCCAGACUAUGCCCAUGCAGAAGCCCGUAAAUCUCCAGCGUUAGAUGGGAAAGUUGAACGGGACAGUGAGGGAAAAGAAGUGCGGUAUCCAGUAAUUUUAUCCAAUGCAGAAAAAUUAAUAGCAAGAAAAGUGUGUGUUGCUUUCAAACAGACUGUGUGUGGAUUUGACUUGUUAAGAGCAAAUGGGAAAUCAUAUGUCUGCGAUGUUAAUGGGUUUAGCUUCGUGAAAAAUUCAAGUAAAUACUAUGAUGACUGUGCAAAAAUACUAGGCAAUAUGAUUCUACGAGAAUUAGCCCCCACCUUCCACAUCCCAUGGGCAAUUCCUUUCCAGCUAGAUGAUCCGCCAAUUGUGCCAACAACUUUCGGGAAAAUGAUGGAGCUGCGAUGUGUGGUGGCAGUCAUAAGACAUGGGGACAGAACUCCAAAGCAGAAAAUGAAGAUGGAAGUAAGACAUCCAAAGUUUUUUGCUCUGUUUGCAAAGUAUGAUGGUUACAAGGAUGGACAUGUAAAGUUGAAGAAACCAAAGCAGUUGCAAGAGGUGUUAGACAUUGCUCGAGGACUGUUGGCAGAGAUUGAACAGAAGCGGGCAGACCCAGAGACAGAAGAAAAGAAGGGCAAGUUGGAACAAUUGAAGAGUGUCCUGGAAAUUUUUCUAAAGGACCUAAGGUUGCAAGAGGAACAACUUUGCUGUAUGACGUAUGGGCACUUCUCAGGAAUCAAUCGGAAAGUGCAGUUAAAAUAUCAACCUCGAGGAUGGAAGCGACGUUCCAGUAGUGAAGAAGGUGAUUCUCCGAGGGAACCAUCUUUGGUUCUCAUCCUCAAGUGGGGAGGAGAGCUAACCCCAGCAGGACGUAUUCAAGCUGAAGAGUUUGGCCGAAUCUUCCGAUGCAUGUACCCUGGUGGACAAGAGCGAACAGAGUGGAUUGACGAGUCAGUGACUGGAUGUGAAUAUGCAGGAACACAAGGACUUGGUCUGUUAAGACUACACUCAACCUACCGUCAUGAUCUUAAGAUAUAUGCAAGUGAUGAAGGACGAGUUCAGAUGACAGCUGCUGCAUUCGCUAAGGGACUUCUAGCCUUGGAAGGUGAACUUACUCCAAUUCUAGUACAAAUGGUUAAAAGUGCCAAUACAAAUGGACUGUUGGACAAUGAUUGUGACUCCUACAAACAUCAGAACAUGGUGAAAAACCGUCUUCAUGAAGCUAUGCAACAAGACCGUGUACUAACAAAAGAAGAUAUGGACAAGUUAAACCCGACACAUUCCCGCUCAAUAUCAACAGCUCUUGAAUUUAUCCAGAACCCAGUACAGAUGUGUGAACAUGUUAAUUCUCUCAUUAAGAAACUAAAUGAGCGAAUUAAGAUAAGAAAAGAAGACCAGAAAACAAAAGAGUUGCCAUUGUACCACGGUGAAUCAUGGGAACUAAUGCAACGCCGUUGGGCAAAACUGGAAAAGGACUUCAGAACCAAAAACACGAAAUUUGAUAUCUCCAAAAUCCCAGAUAUAUAUGACUGCAUUAAGUAUGAUUUGCAACACAAUAAUCAUACACUGCAGUUUGAGCAUGCUGAAGAAUUAUACAAAUGUGCCAAAUACCUAGCAGAUGUUGUUAUACCUCAGGAAUAUGGCAUGACACCACAAGAAAAAAUGGCCAUUGGUCAGGGCAUCUGUACACCAUUGCUGAAGAAGAUUCGUGCCGACCUCCAACGGAAUAUUGGGGAGGAAAGUGAAGAGAAUGCAGGAGAAAGUAUAAACAGACUAAACCCAAUCUAUUCUCACGGAGUGAGCAGUCCUAGUCGGCAUGUGCGCACAAGAUUGUACUUCACCAGUGAAAGCCACAUUCACUCACUCCUCACCGUUCUGCGUUUUGGUGGACUUAUAGACAAUCCAAAAGAUGAACAAUGGAAUAGAGCGAUGGACUAUAUUGGUGCUGUAUCGGAGCUUAAUUAUCUUAGUCAGAUCGUGAUAAUGUUGUAUGAGGACCCCACCAAAGAUCCAUCUUCAGACAGCAGAUUUCAUGUAGAGCUUCACUUCAGCCCAGGAGUUAACUGUUGCGUUCACAAGAACUUACCACCUGGGCCAGGAUUUAGACCAAAAAGCCGUAAUGAACCUGAGAAAUUCCACGUGUGCAUACCAAGGCCGAGUAUUGCACCCAGUGUGCCCUUAUCCCCCAAAGCCGAGGCAGAGAUGAAAAAGGCACGAGCCACUUCUCGCAUUGACGAGGAAGAAGACCUUCAGUACGUCAUGGAGGAAAUAGCUGAACGCACCUUUGAGGGGGUAAAAGAAGGAAAGGAAGGUGACAAGAAGGGCAAGUUAGGUGCCAGUAUGAGAGGUUGUGAAAGCAAUCUGUCACACAUAUCCUCUUCUCCUUCUUCUUGUCUUGUGGAAUCAAGUGACAUAUAUAAUGAAAACAAGGUUUUAUUAUCCCCACCUACAAAGGUGGUGCCUGAGAAGUAUGCUGAAUUUCCAGAUGGUCUAAUGCAGCCUGGAGGUAUUGAUAUCAAUGAUGCAGAUGUGGUGAUAGCAGUAAAGUCAGAACCAAUUCCUAUUACUGCAAGGUCACACUCUGAUUGUGGACUGGUGCCUGCAGGAACUCGACGCUCAUAUCCAAUCACACGGUCAUUGUCUGAUGGAACAUCAUCUUACCAGCGUUCCAUCUCCACAUCUGAAUCCCUAACACGGCCUCGUUCUUUGGAGACUGAGAACAGCCUUAACACGGAUCAUACUCCUAAGGCAGAGAAAGGGAGCUCCAGCUUAGACUCUGUCAGUGAUGAAGAAAGCAUACGUCGCCACCGACACAGUAUCCCAGGUCAUCUAAGUUCCUACCUGACCUUCCUGGCUGGGCUACAGCAGAAGGCUGCUGCUGCGGCUGCAGCUGCUGUUCCAGUUUUUUCUACUGCAGUUAUCUCUGGUUCAACAUCUGCCCCUGAUCUACGAGAUAAUUUCUCAGCUCUUCCAUUCUCUGCCAAUCUUGAUGCCCUUGGUGGAGUACCAUCUAUUCGCCCACUGGAAACAUUACAUAAUGCCCUCUCUCUACGCCAAUUGGAUUCUUUCCUAGAGCGGAUGGCUUUAGCACAAUUUCGUACUCCUCUUUCCUCCCCUCCAAAGAUGCCUUCAACCCCAAGACACCCACGUUCACAGCCUCCACCACUAGGUCUUCAGUCUCCAUCAUCUAGUAUUGGCUGGUCUGGGCCUCCAUCCUUCGUCUCGUCUUCUGGCCCCUCCUCCCCCAACAUCAACACAUUGGAGUUCUUCUCACACCUGCACCGCUACGACACCUACAUGCCACCACCAUCACCACAGUUCCUCAGUCCCAUUACUCCUUUAACUACCACCAUUACCACAGUUGCCACCACUAGCUUAAUUACUACUUGUACUUGUGAACACACCCAAAAUUAUUUGUCCAACACCAAAACUUCCUCCACUGCCACCAACUGUGUUGCUACCACUGCUGUACCUACUAAAAGUGGUGGAGAUGCUUCUCUCACUGAUGUGGCUGCUGCUGCUUCUAGACUCAUAUCACAACUAACCAACAGCACCACUCCUGGUUGCAACCAGAAUCUAGUAGGCUUCACUAUUGAGCACAGUAGUGUAGCAGAGCUGAUUGCCGGAGAGGCAGAAGCAGGUGCUUCAGAAGGCCUCUCUGGAGAGGCUAGUGGCCCUGCAUCACCCUCUGAAGGCUCAGAAAGCUUGGGUUCACACUCCCAGACUGAGGUGGCAUCCAUCAUAGAGAGAGGUGAUACAGCCACACCUGAUACUCACAGUGAUGUUCAAGACCAAGAUGUCUCAGAGAGUGAGAUCCCAGAAACCGACAGCAACUUGAAUGUACCUAAUAACAGAAGUGCCACCUCGGACUGAUCUAUAGUGAUUUUAUUUCAUUUUUGUUUGUUUUAGUUACUAAUAUUUUAAAGGAUAACUUUUGUACGUUUAAAAGGGUUUCAUUCCUUUCUUGUAUUACCUGAAUACCUUGUUAUAAAAAAACAUGCAGUAGUUGUUUUUGUUCCUCUGGUUGUUCUUUUAACCCUAAUUAUCCUCAUUAUUUGUGCCAAACGUAAGACUUUAUGCAUGUAUUUAUGUUUGCGAUCAACUAUUUCUUGUAAGUCUGUUUUAGUUAAUGAAUAUAUAUAUAUAUAUAUAUAUAUAUAUAUAUAUAUAUAUAUAUAUAUAUAUAUAUAUAUAUAUAUAUAUAUAUAUAUAUAUAUAUAUAUAUAUAUAUAUAUAUGUAUAUAUAUAUAUAUUUGAGAUUGACAUAUGUUUCAAUCAGUAGUUUGCAGGUAACACUUCAUAUUUUAUAUAUUUAAGACAAAAGAAACAUUGUACUGUGUUAUUUCCAAGGUAGAGUCAUUUUUAGGACAGUAGGACAGUACUGUAUUGUGUUCACAAUAUUUUUUUAUAAUUUAUGUAAUGAGAUGGCUCAUAAUAAUGUAAAAAGAUUGAUUUUGUUUAUAGUAUUCCCAUGUUUGUCUUGAAAUGUUUAUAUGCUCUUGAAACAAAAUGUAUAUAUAUUAUUGUUGUGAUAAAAAGUACAGUAAAUGUAAACAAGCAAGCAUAUUGUAUUGAAUUAGUCUGGUGUGAGGCUUGAUAGGAAGACUUCACCCAGAGGUAGAUACAGGCUGUGAAAAUAUAAAUCUGAUUUUUUAUGAGGAGAUGCAGCUUCUUAGAGUGUUACCUAGUUAGCAUAAUUAUUUCUUCAAGUUGCACAGUUCUAGCAUUUACAGGUAUCACAAGAGGAUUGUCAUACCUUUACUGUAUCUGAUGCAUGAUAUAUUAAAAAAAUUAGCAUC